AUGGCCCCCGACAAUCCCCAAGCCCUCACCCUCUCUUCUCCCCGCGCCAUACAAGCCUUUGCCGCUUUUGCCCAGAAAUCUUCCGCCUACCGCCCUCGUCAACUCUGCCACCCCGCCUCCCAUGGCUCAAACGAGUCUCAACAUCCUCAACAGUGCAACGCCCACGACGGCGUCCCCGACAACGGCACCACUUCCUCACCCGGCUAUCCAUUCUCCUGCCGUGCACCAAGGCCCGCUCUCUCCUUGCCCCUCCGCAGACUCACAAUCGAUCUCCAUCCCUCCCAACUCUCUUCUUCUCUCCCUCUCCUCCGAAUCCUCCAACUCUGCUCUCCUACCCUCACCCACCUCCGAAUCACCCACACCGACGCUCUCCUCGCACACGACCCCGACCUCUCCCGUGUCCUCCCUUUGCUCUCCAAUCUCACCUCUCUCGCCAUCCACGGCGUCGGUCCCCGCGGUUGCACCCUCCUCGGUGACCUCAAGGCGUCCCUCCAAGAAGCCCAAGUCGAUUUCGACGACGAUUGGGUACACUCCGUCAUCUGCGCCUCCUACGCCAAACGUUACAGACCGCCCAACUUCGCGCCCGCCCUCACAAAUCCUUCAGGUCCUCCACCUCCUACCCCCGCCCUCGCCGUCGUCCCCCUCCUUCCGGAUCCCGUCUUGCUCCUCGAGAACAGCAUGCUCACCCUCCGCACCAUGCGCUCCAGCAACGCCAUCAUCGUCACCGUCGCAGACAAAAUCCGCUACCCCGCCGUCAGGACCCUCGCACUCCGCCUCGCCGGCGUCCCGACCGUCAUCCCCCUCGUGCACGCGUUCCCGGCCCUCAGAGACCUCUACGUCUACACCCCGUUCGACGGGUGCGGCCUCCGCGCGCCGCCACCCCAAACGACCACCGUCGCGGACGCCGCCACGCCUCCCUCCACUCCUCCCUCCCCAGGCACCGCCGAUCGCCCCGCGUCCCCAAACCCCCUCUCCUAUCUGACCCCGCGCCGCAUGCGCCCCCCGAUGCCGUGCAUCCACGCGACGCGCGAGACGAACCGCACGAGCCAGGUCUACAGCUCCUUCCCGCCCCUCCUCUCCGUGCGCGGCUUCGCCCCCGGGCUCUACGCCCUCGGCCUCACCUGCACCGUGCGCCGCUUCGAGGUCGGCUCGCUCACGCCCCCGAGCGAGGGCGCGGAGGAGGCCUGGGCCGUGCGCACGCUGCUCGCCGACAUCAUGCCGACGACUGUCACGAUCGGCCUCGGCCGCGGCUGGUGGGCCCCGGGCACGAUGCAGGUCCGGGGCAAGGACAAGACGGCCGCCAAGGGCCCGCCUGCUGCGAAGGGGCGCGCGAAGUGGAAGGGCAAGGAACGCGACACCGGCCGCGACGGGCUCAAGUCGAUCUUCGGCGGCGACGGGGUCGGGGAAGCCGUCUGGGCGGGCGUGAGCGAGCUCGUGCUGAGGGUCGAGGAGCCGGGCAGGUGGGAGCACGUCACCCGCGAUAUCCUGGCGAUGCUCAUCCCGCUCGCGAACACGCUCACGACGUUCGUCCUGCACUGGGACAGGACGUCGGUCCCCUUCGACCGCGUGCCGCUCGACGACGACCAGGAGGAUGACGACGACGGCCAGCCCGGGCACGCGCCGCACGGCGACCCCGCGCAGACGUCGCGCGCGGAGGCGUUCGCGCGGCGCGUCGCGGAGCAGCUCCCCCUCCUCCGCUACAUGUUCAUCGAGAUCCUGCACGACGAGCUCCCCGGGCCCGCCUCCGCGCAAGAGAUGUCGCGGCCGCCGCAGCCCUGGGGCACCCGACGGUACGAUCGCGAGCGGCGGUUCUUCCGCGUCGAGCGCGCCGAGGGCUGGUUGUGCCUCGACCCGCUGAGCCCGGGCAUGGCGGAGACGGUGAUGGCGGACGCGGGGCUGAGUUUCGUGGACCAGGUCCGGUAUACGUGCGAGUCGGCUUGCUCUCUAUCAUCUUUCUUACCGCUGGCGAAUGGCGCAGGCGGCCGUCACACGGUCUCCCUCGUCGUCAACACGGUUUUCUACUAUCAUUCAGCAAAGAUCGGCGAAAGUGGUGCUCGUAUACUGCCAUGUCAGUACACAUGGUACUUUGGGCCAGAGUCAGCUCCGUUCCCUCGUGCACAACAGCCAGGUAACUCGUGGUGA